CCAGGGUGGCGCCCUGUGCCAAAUGCUGGAAAAGCUGUCAGAUGAGCUGAGGCAGAUGGAAAGAGCGAUGACCCUGCUGCUCAACGGCAGGAAGGAGAAGCGCAAGAUGGGUUACUGGGCGCAAGUGGCAGAGAACACGGUCAAAGCAUCAUGAUGCUCGCUACUGGAUCCUUCUUCUUCAUCACGCUCCUCUUCACAGGGGUGGUCUCCUCCGAGCGAGUGUGUUCUUAUCACGAGGUGCUGGACCACCUCAACAUGAGCACACUCAAUAGUUUGUACUCCAUGACGAGGCCUGUCAAAGACUACAGAAAGCCAACAGUGGUUUCACUUGAGGUCAUCCUAUACGCCAUUCUAGAUGUGAGGGAGAUAGACCAGACCUUCAUUCCCUACGUUUGGAUUUUUACGAGCUGGCACAAUGAGCACAUCUCCUGGGAUCCGGAGCAGUUUUGCGGCAUUAAGAGCAUUUCUCUUCCCACCGAAUUGCUUUGGAAACCAGAUCUCACCAUUGAAGAAAUGAUAGAGAAGGACAAGGCCCCCCCGAGCCCCCACCUCACCAUCUUCAGCAGCGGCAGCGUGCACGUGCAGAACGACCAGGUGCUGCUGAGCACGUGCAAGAUGAACAUCUACCAGUUCCCCUUCGACCGGCAGAGCUGCAACCUCACCUUCAAGUCUGUCAUCCACUCGGUGCAGGAACUCCAGCUGCUUCACUCGCUCAGCUCCGCCGAAGCCACCAAGUGGUCGCGGGAGGUGAUGUGUACGCAGAACGAGUGGCUCUUUAUCGGCAUGGCGGUCGUCAACAAGACCGUCAGCGUGUUCGGCAUCCAGCAAAACAUGAUCGUUUAUACCAUCAGCAUGAAGAGGAGACCUGUGCUGUACAUCAUCAACUUCCUGCUGCCCGUCAUCUUCUUCCUGGCUCUGGACUUGGCCUCCUUCUUCAUCUCGGACUCGGGAGGCGAGAAGCUGAGCUUCAAGGUCACCGUGCUGCUGGCCGUCACCGUCAUGCAGCUCAUCCUCAACGAGAUCCUGCCCUGCUCCUCCAACAAGAUCCCUCUCAUAGCCGUCUACUGCAUCGGCAUCUUUGCUCUGAUGCUGCUCAGCCUGUUGGAGACCAUCUUUGCCAUGUACCUGAUGGAGAAAGACACAGUUGGCGAGGACGGCAACAGAGAGCUCGACUAUGUUGCAGAAAAGAAGAAAAGUCGAUGUUGUGUAUGCAUCUGCGAUGCGCCCGCAGAUGAAAAUCCACCUGAAAUGCUGAAGGACGGCCGACUGACGGAGUUCAGUUCUCUGGAGAAACUCUCCCAUGAGACAAGGGACUUGAUGAAGGCCCUCACGCUGCUUUUGGACAGCAGGAAGGAAAAGGAGGCCAAGCCCGGCUACUGGACCAGAUUCACCUUAAAAAUCAACAGAAUCUUUUACAUCAUCUACAUCAUCACCGUGUCUUUGUUUUUAGCUGUCAUGUGCUUCAUUUGGCAGCAAAACCACCAAGAAUGAGGGUUAAAAAAUAUCCAAAUAUGAUUAUUAAGGGGGAAUCACACAGUAAACAUGCUUUAGACAGCAUAUGCAUGCUGUGGUUAUACAAUAUUCAUGAUGCAUAACUGAUUUCCUUUUAAUGUAAGAUACAACAUUUUUCUAAUACACCAUGCAUUGCUGGAAGAUAAAUUGUAUUUAUUUCCAUAUCCCUGCUCUAUUAAAUAAUCCAUCCAUCCA